AUGGCCUCGGAAGCUUACUCUGAAAAGAACGGGGACGAAAACGCAGACGCCAAAGGUGACGAAGGCGGUGCGGAUCGUGAUGCGCCCGCAUUGGCUCGCAAGCAAAUCCGCAUCUCAGAUGCAUGCGAGCGGAGAGACAUCGACGAUCUCCAGGCCCUGGCUGUGUCGAGGGGCGGGUUUCUCUCCGACGCCAUCCGACGCCAAGCAUGGCCGAUACUGCUGGGUUGCCCUGCUGGCGAGGGCGGGGAACAGGACGGCGGUUCCGAUUCGUGGAGACACCUGCAGCGACAUCGAGACGAGGACCAGGUCAAGCUGGACGUUGACCGAAGCUUCGUCUACUACCCAGAUGACAAUUCCCAGGCGCAGCUCGCCCUGAAAAAGUCGGAGCUCGCGGACCUCAUCACCGAAGUCCUGCGGCGCCAGCCGUAUCUAUGCUACUUCCAGGGCUACCAUGAUAUCUGUCAGGUGUUCCUCCUGGUGUUGCCGCCGGCGAUCCGGGCCACGGUCGUAGCGCGCCUGUCGGCCCUGCGCGUCCGGGACUUCAUGCUGCCGAACCUAGCCCCGGCGGUGACGCACCUACGGCUAAUCCCAGAUAUCCUUGACGCGGUGGACCCGGCGCUAUGCGCGCACCUGUCGCGGAUCGAGCCGUACUUCGCGCUGUCGGACACGCUGACCAUGUUCGCGCACAACGUGCAGCGGUACAGCGACAUCGCGCGGGUGUUCGACGCGCUGCUGGCGCGCGAGCAGGCCUUCAGCUUAUAUGUGUUCGCGCAAAUCGUGCUGCGCCGCCGCGCCGAGCUCCUCGCGCACGACGAGCCCGACAUGCUGCACUUCGCGCUGUCCAAGCUGCCGCAGGACCUCGACUUCGAGGAGGUCAUCGCCGACGCCGCGCGCCUCUACGACGCCCACCCGCCCGAGACGCUGCGCUCGUGGGGCGCCGUCUCGCGCGCCAGCGCCCUCAAGACGACCCGGCCGGCGCGCCGCUGCGCCGCCCAGAGCCUCGACGACGGCCGGGCCUAUUUCGAGAGGCAGCUCCGCGAGCUCGAAUGGGCCGAGAGGCGCCAGGCCGUCCUCAAGACUUUAUGGUCGAACAAGGUGGUCGUGGCAGCCGUGAUCAUCGGCAUCGGCGCCGUGUACUUCCGCAAGGCGCCGCUCUGGGCGAAUAUCGUUGCGUGGUGA